CGCCCCCCAGUCGGCUGGCCGGGCCGCGGCGCCAAGCGCGAGGGCCGGGCUCCCGGGGCUGGUGGCCAUGGGCGGGAGCCGGAGGCGGCAGCGGCAGCGGCAGCGGCAGCGGCAGCGGCGGGCCCCGCGGGCGGGGAGGCGCGCGGCCUACGGCCCCUGACGAUCCCCAGUGGCCUGGCGCGCCCCCGCGCCUCCUGGGGGGCCGUAGCCAAGCAACGCCCGGCGCGCCCGCCCAUCCCCCGCUGCCCUUUUUUUCCUGGCCGGGUGCAAGGGAGCAUGCCCGCGCCUGGCCUCAGCCAGCUAAGAGUUAACCCGAGGGGCGUGGAGCUGCCCCCCCCUCGGGGGCGUGCCCCCCUCCCCCGCUAGGCGGCCCGCCCCCCGCGCUAGGGUAUGGCCCCCGGCCCUGGGCCGGGACCCGAGGUCCUGCGCACGGGCCAGUGAAAGGCGUUUUCCCGUUCCCGCCCUCCUUCCCUCGCCGGCUAGCACCAUGGGAUGUAAUAUGUGCGUGGUCCAGAAACCGGAGGAGCAGUACAAAGUGAUGCUUCAGGUGAACGGGAAGGAGCUCUCCAAGCUGUCUCAGGAGCAGACCCUGGAGGCCCUGCGUGCCUCCAAGGAGCCCCUGGUGAUCCAGGUGCUGAGACGCAGUCCCCGCCUCCGGGGCGAUGGCUCCUCCCACGACCUGCAGCUGGUGGACAGUGGCACUCAGACCGACAUCACCUUCGAGCAUAUCAUGGCGCUGGGCAAGCUGCGCCCACCCACCCCACCCAUGGUCAUCCUGGAGCCGUACGUCCCGUCUGAGCUGGCCAAGGGAGAACCGUCCCGGGACUUUGCUGCCAGAAGGUUGAGGUCCUCAGCUCCUCCUCUGUCCUUUCUCCUCCUCUGCCGCCCCAUCGUCUUCUGCCUCACAAGCAUCAUCCCUUGAAUCUUCUUGCAUCCUUGUCUGUCCCAUUUCUCUGCCUGCUCUGAACUUCCUCCAUCUCUUCGGCUUCUUUCUUUGGCUCACUCGGAAGAAGGGCCUCUCAUCCGGGCCUGGUGGCUCAUGACUGUCCCCCCCAUCAGCCAUGAGUAUUAUGACCCGGCGGAGUUCAUGGAGGGCAGCCCGCAGGAGGCAGACCAUAUGGAAGAGCUGGAGUAUGAGGAGGUGGAGCUGUAUAAAACUAGCCACCGGGACAAGCUGGGCCUGAUGGUCUGUUACCGCACGGAUGACGAGGAGGACCUGGGCAUCUACGUUGGAGAGGUGAAUCCCAACAGCAUCGCAGCCAAAGACGGCCGCAUCCGCGAGGGAGACCGCAUCAUCCAGAUAAAUGGUGUAGACGUCCAGAACCGGGAAGAAGCAGUGGCCAUCCUGAGCCAGGAGGAGAAUACCAACAUCUCCCUGCUGGUGGCCCGGCCUGAGAGCCAGCUGGCGAAGCGGUGGAAGGACAGUGACCGGGAUGACUUCCUGGAUGAUUUUGGCUCUGAGAAUGAGGGAGACCUGCGGGCGCGGAAGCUGAAAUCCCCCCCUGCCCAGCAGCUCCAGCUUGGAAACGAAGAGGAGAAAGGGGCCCCUGAUGCGGGCCCAGGCUUGAGCAACAGCCAGGAGCUGGACAGCGGGGUGGGCAGGACGGAUGAGAGCACGCGCAACGAGGAGAGCUCUGAGCACGACCUGCUGGGGGACGAGCCCCUGAGUACCGCCAACACGCCCGGGCCCCUGCGCAAGUUUGGCCUGCAAGGGGACGCCCUGCAGAGCCGCGACUUCCACUUUAGCAUGGACUCCCUGCUGGCCGAGGGCGCAGGGCUGGGUGGCGGCGACGUGCCGGGCCUCACGGAUGAGGAGUACGAGCGCUACCGCGAGCUGCUGGAGAUCAAGUGCCACCUGGAGAAUGGCAACCCCCUGGGCCUCCUCUUUCCCCGGGCCGCCGGCGGCAGCGGUGCCCUGGAUGUCAACCGCAACGAGAGCGUGGGCCACGAGAUGGCCGUGCUGGAGGAGGAGCUGCGGCACCUGGAGUUCAAGUGCCGCAACAUCCUGCGGGCGCAGAAGAUGCAACAGCUGCGGGAGCGCUGCAUGAAGGCCUGGCUGCUGGAGGAGGAGAGCCUCUACGACCUGGGGGCCGGCGAGCCCAAGAAGCACGAGCUGUCUGACAUCUCCGAGCUGCCUGAGAAGUCGGACAAGGACAGCACCAGCGCCUACAACACGGGUGAGAGCUGCCGCAGCACUCCGCUGCUGGCGGAACCCCUGCCCGAGAGCCCCCUGAGGCGGGCAACCGCCGGGGGCAACUCCAACCUGAACCGGACCCCCUCCGCACCCCCUGUUGCCGCCCACCCCAAGGCUGCCCCUCCGCAGGGGGGUCCCGCCAACUUCCGAUCCCUCUCCCGGGAUCCCGAGGUGGGUCGGAGACAGCACUCGGGGGAGCGGGUCCGCCGCGGCCCCAAGACGGGGGUGACCCUGGAGCGCGUGGGCCCCGAGGGCAGCCCUUACCUGUCGCGGCGCCACCGCGUCCAGGGCCAGGAGGGCGAUCACUACCACAGCUGCAUGCAGCUGGCCCCGCCGCGCGGUCUGGAAGAGCUGGGCCGCGGCCCCUUGAGUUUGGCCAGUGGCCCUCGGGUGGGUGGGGUGGCGGCGGCGGCCACCGAUGCGCCCCGCAUGGAGUGGAAGGUCAAGGUGCGCAGCGACGGGACCCGCUAUGUGGCCAAGCGACCGGUGCGGGACCGCCUCCUAAAAGCCCGGGCCCUGAAGAUCCGGGAGGAGCGCAGCGGCAUGACCACCGACGACGACGCGGUGAGUGAGAUGAAGAUGGGCCGCUACUGGAGCAAGGAGCAGCGGAAGCAGCACCUGAUCCGGGCCCGGGAGCAGCGGAAGCGGCGCGAGUUCAUGAUGCAGAGCCGACUAGAGUGCCUGCGGGAGCAGCAGAGCGGCGACAGCAAGGCUGAGCUCAACAUCAUCGCCCUGAGCCACCGCAAAACCAUGAAGAAGCGGAGCAAGAAGAUCCUGGACAACUGGAUCACCAUCCAGGAGAUGCUGGCCCACGGCACGCGCUCAGCCGACGGGAAGCGGGUCUACAACCCUCUGCUCUCUGUCACCACUGUCUGAGCCCAGCUGUGCUCCAGGGCACGGGUCCUCCGCCCUGGCCCAGGUCCACUGAGCCUGCCAGGACCCCGUCUUCUGCUCUCCCUUAGAAUCUAGCGUGUGUCUGUGUGUGCGCGUGCGACUUUGUUACCAGACAGAAGCCCCUGGAGGACGAGGGACGCUUCUCUCCAUUGGUGACUUCCUUCUCCCCAAGUACAGAGACCACAUCAACAGCUGGCCUGGGGGCAGACCCGUAUCGGCCCCCCCUUCAGCCGUAGGCGUGUGUGUGUGUGAGACACGAGCCCAGACACAUGUACGCAUGCAGACACACGCAUUUCCCUCCAGAGCGCUCUCAGUGCGGGCACUUGGGGACAGGGAAGUCAGCUGAAAAGCAGAGGCAAAGAAGACUGUCCUAAGCACAAGAGAAUGUCCGUUACUUGUAGACAAAGGCAACCCUGAUCUCUGUGGUUCUUUUCCUUUUCUGUGCUUGCCAGUUGUUGUUUUUUGGGUUUGUUUGUUUUGUGGACCUGCUCUGAGGGCUGGCAGCUCCUUCAGGCAGCCUGACAGAGGUGGAAUCCCCGAGCGAUAGCUGGGAAGGAGGGGGGUG